GUAUAUUCUUCAUUUUCAUUUCACACCAAACAUUAUUACUUCUUUCUUUCUUCUUCCUUUUAGUCCUUUUUUUAAAAUAAUUUAUCCCUCUCAUGGCGAUCACCUCAAACCCAUUAUUUUUCGCAGCAACAAUCGUACUCAUAAUAUCUGCCAUAAUCGCCAUUAAUCGUACCAAGUUCUCGGAUAAACCAUCUUAUAUACAAAGUUUUUCUGGUGAUAAUAUUGACAAGCUUAAUCAGCAGCGGGAGCUUCUUCAUCUAGGAAGUUCUGCAACCGGACCUGAAAGUUUUGCGUUCGGCAAGCAUGGCCAGGGACCCUACGCCAGCAUCGCCGAUGGCCGGAUCAUCAAAUGGGAGGAACAUCGACGACAGUGGAUUGAUUUUGCUGUUACUUCUCUUCACAGAGCCGGCUGCGAGCGAUCGUACGAUCACUAUCAGGUGGAGCCUAUUUGUGGGCGCCCAUUAGGUUUGUGUGUCGAGGAAUUAAGCGGUGAUCUGUACAUUGCUGAUGCUUACAUGGGACUAUUAAUGGUGGGCCCUGAAGGCGGGUUGGCCACAACAAUUGCGACACUUGCCGACGAGGUACCUUUUAGGUUCACCAAUGGCCUCGACAUUGACCAAUCAAGUGGGACCGUAUAUUUUACCGAUAGCAGUUCACUGUACCAGAGGAGGGAUUAUAUAUAUGUGAUAUUAAGUGGUGAUAAAUCAGGAAGGCUAAUGAGAUAUGACCCAGAAGACAGACAAGUUAAAGUACUUGUUGAGAACCUUUCAUUUCCAAAUGGAGUGGCAUUAAGCAAAGAUAGAAACUUCAUUUUACUUGCAGAGACCACCACAUGCAGAAUCCUAAGAUAUUGGAUAAAAACAUGUAAAAUUGGAACUCUUGAAGUCUUUGCACAACUGCCAGGGUUCCCAGACAACAUAAAGAGGAGUCCUAGAGGAGGAUAUUGGGUUGGUUUGCAUUCAAAAAGAGAAAAGGUCUUGGAAUGGAUCCUUUCACAUACAUGGAUAGGCAAUGCUUUGAUUAGGCUUCCUUUUGAUUUGAUGAAAGCGUAUUCAAUUUUGGGUGAGUAUAGAGGGAGUGGCAUGGCUAUUAGGUUGAGCGAAAAUGGUGACAUAUUGGAAGUGUUUGAAGAUAAAAAUGGAUUCAAGUCCAUAAGUGAAGGAAUGGAAAAAGAUGGCAAAUUAUGGAUAGGCUCUAUCAAUUUGCCUUUUGCUGGCAGAUAUAACUUAUAAGAUGUGAACUUACAGAAACUUUAUUAUCAUGAAUUUCAGUUGGGGAAAAAAGUGUUGCCAAUGACAUAUCUAUAUGCCUAUCUACUCUUUUUUAUGUAUAGGACUGAGGAUUGAAUGAGUGGGAACUUGAACUUGGUACUUAUCAAGUGAGCGAUAUACUAUUAGCCACUGAACCAAGCCAUGCUAGAUAUAUGUCUUUCUACAUUUAUAUGCAAGUAAGAGACAAGCUAGAAAGGUGUUCUCUCUCUCUCCUAUAAAGAUAUCUAAUUUAUUUUUGUUUAUGAA